CCGAAGGCUGCUACCCGGUGGUCGGCUGAGCGGCUCUAGCCCAGCUCUCAGACGGCUGAGUCACUGCCGCCCGGCCCGGCCCGGAAAAGACGAGCGCCGCCGCCGCCGCCGCGCCGCCUCUCGGGCUCCCGGGCUCUCGGGGUCCCGGGCCUUUGCACCUGUCUUUUCCAGCUGGGCACAAAGCCUUUUGCUGUCGCCGUGGCGACUGGCGGCCUAGCGAAGACCUCCUUUACUUUUAAUCCCCCUCAUUUUCCAGUCCAUUUUCUGCUUAUUUUCUGGUCAGUCCGUGACCCUCUAGGUGGGCUUGGACCCGCGAUCGAUUUGCCGCCCUCAGGGCGCUGGGCAGCCCGGCUGCCUCCGAGGUUGGGGCAGCCUCCGCGGUCUCCAUGGUAACGGCCUCGCCGGCGUUUCCGCCUAGGUGGGAAGAUGCGGCCUGCCCUGCCCGCCGCCUCGCCCCCGGCCUUACGGUGGGACCCCGGGCACUGAGGACGAAGGUCCCGGGCGCCGGCCCGCGGGGCAACGGGCACUAGCUGGAGAAAGAGCAGCUCAUGGAGAGGCUGAGAGAAGCGGUUUUUGAGUCCUACCCAAAUUGGGAGAGUAACCUUCAGCAGCUGGACUCACCGACUGGUUUUCCUUCAUUUUCAGUGAAAUCCCAUUCUCUGGCUGGAGACACAGAUGGCCUCAAAUGAGAGAGAUGCUAUAUCGUGGUACCAAAAGAAGAUUGGAGCCUACGAUCAGCAGAUAUGGGAAAAGUCAAUCGAACAGACUCAGAUUAAGGGUUUGAAAAACAAACCAAAAAAGAUGGGCCACAUAAAGCCAGACUUGAUUGACGUUGACUUAAUCAGAGGGUCAACAUUUGCCAAAGCAAAACCUGAAAUUCCAUGGACAUCUCUGACUCGGAAGGGGCUUGUUCGAGUUGUAUUUUUUCCAUUGUUCAGCAAUUGGUGGAUUCAGGUUACCUCUUUAAGAAUCUUUGUUUGGCUGUUACUACUUUAUUUCAUGCAAGUUAUAGCAAUUGUCUUAUAUUUGAUGAUGCCUAUUGUGAACAUAAGUGAAGUACUUGGACCCUUGUGCCUUAUGCUACUCAUGGGAACUGUCCACUGUCAAAUUGUGUCUACUCAGAUAACAAGACCAUCAGGAAACAAUGGAAAUCGAAGAAGAAGAAAAUUGCGAAAAACUGUAAAUGGUGAUGGGAGCCGAGAAAAUGGAAAUAACUCCUCUGAUAAAGUCAGAGGAAUAGAAACUUUGGAAUCUGUACCCAUUAUUGGUGGUUUUUGGGAGACUAUCUUUGGCAACAGGAUUAAAAGAGUAAAAUUAAUAUCUAACAAAGGGACUGAAACUGACAAUGACCCAAGUUGUGUCCGUCCUAUCAUUAAGAAGAGACAAUGUCGACCAGAGAUUAGAAUGUGGCAAACAAGAGAGAAAGCAAAAUUUUCAGAUGGAGAAAAGUGCCGUAGGGAGGCUUUUAGGCGUUUGGGUAAUGGGGUGUCUGAUGACCUGUCAAGUGAGGAAGAUGGUGAAGCACGGACACAGAUGAUAUUAUUGCGUAGGAGUGUGGAAGGGGCCUCAAGUGACAAUGGUUGUGAAGUUAAGAAUAGAAAAUCAAUACUUUCAAGGCACCUAAACUCUCAGGUAAAGAAAACCACUACAAGGUGGUGUCAUAUUGUGCGGGAUUCAGAUAGUCUAGCUGAAUCAGAAUUUGAAUCAGCAGCCUUUAGCCAGGGCUCUAGAUCUGGUGUGAGUGGUGGCUCUCGAAGCCUCAACAUGUCAAGAAGAGACUCAGAAAGCACCCGCCAUGACUCGGAGACUGAGGAUAUGUUAUGGGACGACCUGCUACAUGGCCCGGAGUGCCGGUCAUCUGUCACCAGUGACAGUGAGGGGGUUCAUGUGAAUACCCUUCACUCAGGGACCAAACGUGACCCCAAAGAGGAUGUUUUUCAGCAGAAUCAUUUGUUCUGGCUUCAGAAUUCAAGUCCCUCCUCUGAUCGAGUUAGUGCAAUAAUCUGGGAGGGGAAUGAGUGCAAAAAGAUGGAUAUGUCUGUGUUGGAAAUAAGUGGCAUCAUCAUGAGCAGGGUCAAUGCCUAUCAGCAAGGAGUAGGUUAUCAGAUGCUGGGAAAUGUUGUCACUAUUGGAUUAGCAUUUUUUCCAUUCUUACAUCGACUUUUCCGUGAGAAGAGCCUUGACCAGCUAAAGUCCAUUUCAGCUGAGGAGAUCUUGACUCUCUUUUGUGGGGCACCACCUGUUACACCUAUUAUUGUUUUGUCCAUAAUUAAUUUUUUUGAAAGAUUGUGUCUUACUUGGAUGUUUUUUUUCAUGAUGUGUGUGGCAGAGAGAACAUAUAAACAGAGAUUUUUAUUUGCAAAACUCUUCAGCCAUAUUACUUCUGCCAGGAAAGCUAGGAAAUAUGAAAUACCUCAUUUCAGACUUAAGAAAGUGGAGAAUAUUAAAAUAUGGUUAUCACUGCGUUCCUAUCUAAAGAGACGGGGGCCACAGCGUUCAGUGGAUGUGGUUGUAUCCUCAGUCUUCCUACUGACACUUUCGAUUGCUUUCAUUUGUUGUGCUCAGGUUCUCCAAGGACACAAAACUUUCCUGAAUGAUGCUUAUAACUGGGAGUUUUUGAUCUGGGAAACAGCUUUACUACUUUUCUUAUUGCGUCUGGCCUCAUUGGGGUCUGAAACCAAUAAGAAAUACAGCAAUGUUUCGAUAUUACUUACAGAACAGAUUAAUUUAUAUCUUAAGAUGGAAAAAAAGCCAAAUAAGAAAGAACAGCUUACUCUAGUAAACAAUGUAUUAAAGCUGUCCACCAAGUUGUUGAAAGAGCUGGACACACCGUUUAGACUCUAUGGACUGACAAUGAAUCCCUUAAUCUACAAUAUCACAAGAGUAGUUAUCCUUUCUGCUGUCUCAGGUGUUAUAAGUGAUCUUCUAGGAUUUAAUAUAAGAUUGUGGAAAAUUAAAUCAUAAGCUGAGUUAAAUGCCUGGACUCUCCCCUGACUGGUAUCAAAACUUACCUAUCAAGGAAAGAGAUGACUGCAGAAACCAGUGAGAUACCCACCUGCUUGUUCACAUGCACAGGUGCUCUCAGCUCUGCCAAAGCGAAUGAAUGGUGUUUCCAGAGGAACAAGUCCUUUUCCAACUGGGCGUGCAUGCUAAAAACCUAUAUCUUCAUGCUUUUCAAACAACACGAAUAGUCAGCCGACUAAAGACACUGUGUGUUUUGGUAACACAAGGACAAUUUUGUAAGUUAGUAAAUUUAUUAUGUGCACUUCUGUACUGUGACAGUUACGUUUACUGGCCAUAGUCUUUUGGGCAACUAUGGUAGAUGCCCAAAGCAUGAAGCAAAUGUCUUUUAUUGGAAAUAUGCAAAUUCAAUAUUUUUACAUUAUAGUCUAUAGAAUUGGAGAUUUCAUUUCUCUAUCAAAGAGAGAUCAAACUAUUUUAGGUUAAAUCCAAAUAAAAGAACUUUACUGGAGACUUUCAGUUUCUAGGUUUUCUUUGUUGUUGAAGGAAGAAAAAUAACUUUUAAACUCUGAGUUUCUGUUGAACUGUGGAUGAAUGUUUUGUUAGUUUACAAUUUUGAGUUAAUCCUAAUGACUGUAUAGUUGUUGGUGAACGAUGCAUGCACACAAUAUGCCAUGUAAUUCAGCAUGAAAAAUUUAAGUAUAUGCCUACUCAUCCAUUUCCAUCAUACAACGUGGUUUCCAUGUUCUGUGUGGAAGUCAUGGAAGCAUGGUUUCCAUAUAGAUCAUCUGAGUUGUGGUUCCUAACACAGUGUUCUGUGUCCUAUCACAAGCAUCAUUGAUAGUUUAUCUGUUGUGCAACUUAAUGUAUUAAACCCUCAGUACAUUUUCAGGUCCUCAGUGUCUAUAGUCGACCAUGCCAUGCCUCUGAUGAUAUAGAUUCUGUAAUGCAGCAUCCUCUUAUACACAUGCAUAUACAUAUGUUAAUGAAUUUUUUUUUGUCUACUUAUAAUUCUUGCUCAUUAAGUUACCUGCUUUGAAGAAUCUCUUUUUUUUUCCUUUUUUUGAGACAGAAUUUCGCUGUGUUGCCCAGGCUGGAGUGCAGUGCCACCAUUUUGGCUCACUGCAACUUCCACCUCCUGGGUUCAAGUGAUUCUCCUGCCUUAGCCUCCUGAGUAGCUGGGAUUACAGGUGCCCACCACCACACCUGGCUAAUUUUGAAGAAUCUCUUGAGGCAAAUUGAAAGCUUGAACAUUUUAAUGAUAAGGUUUUGUGAACUUUUAAAUAAACAUAAUUUAGAAACUUGGUUAUUACAUGUAAAGCAUGUAUUCAUUCAAAAUCAGAGUAUCAGUUGCAUAUUUUCUAAUAAGCAGGAAGAUUUGUGAGUUUUAGAGGUGGAUUUCUGAAGAGUCCAGGGAUUGAGGUCAGACUUUUCUGAGUUCAAAUCUUUGGCCCUGCCACUUAUUAGCUCUUUGUAUAUUAAUUUCCUCACUUCUUAACCCAUUUAUGGGAAUAAUAACUACAAGUGGGGAUAAUAACUACAUAAUAGGGUUGUUAAGAUUAAAUGAGGUUAUCAUGUAAGGUACUUGCACAGUGUAAAGUAUUUAAUACUUAGCAAAUCUACAAUAAAUAUGUUACUAUUUAAAGUCCUUUAAAAAAAAUCUCACUGAUAAUUCCUGUGAAGACAGAAACAUAGAAAGCAAGGUUGCCGAACUAGAAGUUGAUUACCAAAAAUAUGCAACCUUUUAUACAUGAGUUAUAAUUUUUUAAAUGGUAAAACUCCAUUAUAGUGAUCUACCUUUAGAAGGAAGUGUUCUGUGGAAGCACUUCAGCAUCUCAACAGAUGGCUCAUAGAAACCAUGCUUUUACUAUUUCCAUAGGGAACAGUAGCAGUAAUCUCAAAUCCAAAAUUGAGCUCACUGCAGAUUUCAAAUGAAAACUGAUGCCUUCAUCUUUUUCUUCUACAAAAAUGCUGUUCUAUUUUUAUGUACAACUUUUACACAGUGAAUUCUUAGUUUAAAAGCAGUGUUUAGAGUAUAUUAAUUCACUUGUGUGGAUUGCUUCAGUUGUGGUUUUGAUGGUGUAUAUUGGUUUAAAUUAUUUUUCAGAUGGGUAAAAUUAUAUGUAAGUAUAGUUAAUCAUAUCAGUAACUUAGGAAUGAUUCUUGACUCAUUUUUCUUCCUCAUACCUCACAUCCAAUCAAUCACCAAGUCUUUGAAUAAUUAUCUUCUAGGUAUCUUUCUGAUCAGUCCACUUUUUCUUCCUCCCCACUGCCAUUGCUCUUAAGUCAGCAUCCUUGGUUUUUUGAACAAGUUUCUGCUAUCUCUGCUCUUAUGUAUGCUUGACUCCUCUUUCCCCCAUGCCUAACCCACUCAUCUCAAAAGUGUAAUAUGUCUUUCCUGAAAUGUAAGUUUCGUCAUUUAGAAUCCAUUAGUAGCUUACUAGCACUUUGAAGAUGAAAAUCCAAAAUUCUUUUAGCAAGGUGUAUAGGCCUACCCUAUUGAGAAAGAUUUUGAAUCUUCAUAUUUGAAAGAUACUUUUGCUGGGUAUAAAAUUCUAGGUUUAAAGAUGUGGUUGUGCUGUUACCUCCUGGGUUGCAUUGUUUCUGACAAGAAGUCUACAGUCACUCUAAUCUUUGCUCCUCUGUAAGUGUCUUUUUUUUUUUUUUUUUUUUAACUCUGGCUACUUUUAAGAUUUUUAUCUUUACCAUUGAAUUUGUGCAAUUCAAUUAUAGUGUACAUUGGUUUAGUUUUCUUCAUGUGUUCUGUGCUUGGGGUUUGUUGAACUUAUUGGAUCUUUGGUUUUGUAAUUUUCAUAUUAUUUUAUAUAGAGUUUUCUAUUUUCAUAUAAAAUUUGGAAACAUUUUUGCUAUUCCUUAAAAUAAAUUUUCUAUAGUCUACUCUUACCUACUUCCUUCUGGGACUCAAAUUUACAUGUAUAUUAGACUGCUUGAAGUUGUUCCUCAACUCACUGAUGCUUUAUAUGUUUGUCCAGCCUUAUGUUUGUUUUAAUUUUGGAUGAUUUCGUUUGCUGUGCCUUCAAGUUUGCUUUUUUGCACUGAUAUGCUAUUAAUCCCAUCCUAUGCAUUUUUCAUCUCUAGAAGUUUGAUUUUGGUCUUUUUUAUAUCUUCCAUGUCUCUCUUUAACAUGAGUAUUCUUUUCUCUACCUCAUGUAACAUAAUACAUUUAUAAUAGGAAUAGUAUAUAAGGAUAUUAAAACAGUUAUUGUGUCACUUCCCCCCCCCCCAUUUUGGGUCAUUUUCCUGCUGUUUUGCAUGCCUGGUAAUUUUUUAUUGGCUAUGAAUUUUAUACUGUUGGUGUUUGUGUGUAUGUAUGUAUUCUUCUUGGUAGUCUUUUAAAUAUUCUUGAGACUUUGUUUUGGAACACUGUAAAGUUAUUGGAAAUAGUCUGAUUAUUUCAAGGCUUGCUUUUAAGCUUUGUUAGGUGGGCAAGAGCAGCCUUUAGUUUUUCUCCGUUCACUGAAGCAAUAUCCUUCUGAGUACUCUACCUGAUGCUCUGUUCAUUAUGAGGUUUUUUCUUUGGCUGUAGUAGCGUGAACUAUUCCCAGACUUGUGUGAACUUCUGGAAUUUUUCUGCCUGCUUCUUGGAGGUUCUUAACCUGUUCUUGGGUAUUCCCUCAUAUGCUUGUGCGGAUCAAUAUUCAGCUAAAGACUUGAAAGGAGCCCUCUGCAUGUCUCUGGAACCCUCCCUUCUCUGUGCAGCUGCAUUCUCUCUGGUACUCCUACUUAUAAAUUCUAGACCCCAGGCCUUCUCCAAAUUCUCAAUUCUGUCUCCUCAACUCAGCAAGACUACUUGGUUCUUUUUGGGUUCUCCCUUUUUGCACCACAGCCUAGAAACUGCCUCCUUGUAAAACUGCUUGAAUGAAAUAAUUUGGAGCGGUUAUGGGACUCACCUUGUUUAAUUCUACUAUCCUGUGCUGCCUGGUGUCUAAUAUCUAAAAUCCAUUUUUUCGUAUUUUUAAAAUUGUUUUUCAGUUGUUUGAAAUUUGAAGAGUAAAACAACUCUUCAUUACCUUAGUAAGUGAGUUUCUCCAGUUGCUCAGGCCGAAAGCUCCAUAUCUAAUCUACUACCAUGUCAUGCCAGUUCUGCAUUUCCACAGCUACUAGGUUAAGCCUCCUUCACUCUCACCUGGACUACUGUGUGACCCACUGGUCUGUUUCCAUUCUUGUCUCCUACAGUUGGUUUUUCAUAGCCACAUGAAUGAGCUUCAAAAUUUGGAAACUAACAUUGUUCCUACUUAAACCUUUCCUGGCUUUCUCUUUGGUGGCCUCCAAGGCCCUUCAUUAUCAUGCUUGCCUUGCUUUCCAGCUUUACCUCCUUUAUAGCCUCACUCCUUUACCUCACCACCACACUGACCUCCCUCUGCUCUUCUAUUAGUCUAAUUAUUCUAUUAUUCUGCUCUUCUAUUAUUCUUUCUCAUAUCAGGCUUGUGCAAGCUUGUUUCAUCUGCCUGGAAUGUAUUUUCUUAGGUUUAUCUCUGGCUGGCUGCUGCUUAUCUCUCAGCUGUCAGCUGUCAGUUCCUUAGAGGGCCUUCUCUCAUGACCCUAAUUAAAGUAGUUACCCAUUUUAUCCAUUAUCAGUUAUACCGCCUUGUUAAUUUCCUUCAUGGCACUUACCACAAUUUUAUCGUGUUUAUUUUUUGACUGUCUGUCUCCUUUCCCACUAGAGUGUAAGUCCCUUGAAGGCAGAGACUUUUUCUUGUCCCCAGAACAUAUAAUAGGUGUUCAAUAAAAAUGUGUU